AUGGAAAAGCUACAAAACGAUGAAAAGAGGAAAAAAGGAAUUGUAAAUUAUGAUCUGAAACAAGCUGCAUCACAUCGAUUGCCUGGAAGUGAAUCAGCAGCAAAAUAUCCGAUGAUAUUUUUCCCUUUUCCUUUCCCGCCAUAUGAUAUCCAAGAACGUUUCAUGACGACACUGUUUCACGUGCUCGACGAUUGUAAUGUCGGAAUUUUUGAAAGCCCGACGGGAACGGUAGGUGAUUAUAUAUGAAGGUGAACGAACUUUAACACAGACGUGUAAAAUUUGUGUACAGAUCGACAUAAUUAUAAAAUAGAAAGUGUGUAAUUUAACGGUGGCUCAGGUCAAGGAAAGGCCCAGCCAUCCUUUAUUAUCUACCUGGUUUGUUCUUUGCAGGGGAAAUCAUUAAGUUUGAUUUGUGGAGCCUUAACAUGGCUCAAGAAUUAUGAGGAGAGGCGGCAGGAGGAGUUGGACAAAGCUUUGUUGAACGUAAGAAAACCUGGUGAUCAAAGGUAAAAUAUAAGGUACCUUUUGGCGAUCUUAGACAAUGGGACGUUCUAUUUUUUAUCCGUACCCCCUCACCCCAAGGAUGGCAGGUUUUCAUAUAGGGGGAUCUGAGAUUUUUUCUUCCAACAAGACGACAUGUAGGUUCUUUGAUAUUGAUUAAUUUAAUAUUAACUUUUAGUCUUGAGAAAUAAUUUUAUUAUAUCUAAGUUCCACAUGCUAGAAUCACCUCUGACACCUACUUCAAAGUAAUAACAUUGCUUAAGACGUUUGGAAAUUAAAGCAAGAACCACCCCAUUAUUUAGCAACAUAUGCAUACAAAUUUUCAUCCAUCAUUUCCCUUCACCAUGGCUAAAAAGGGCAAUAAUAUUGUAAUGACAGCUGAAAACAAUAGAAACUAACCAUAGACUUAAGCAGUAAUGUUAUAAGAUCUGUGGUUGUAGUAAUCACCACACUGAAAAUGUCACUAGUACAUCUCACGAAGAUUUAGAUGAAAAAUACCACCACAGAUACCUCAGUCAGCUUAAUUAUUUCGCAGUUAAAAGGAUAGUAUAGGUGCCAAUCCAAAAGGAAAUUAACCAUGACUGAAAUAAUUGCGGGUGACAAGAGGAGCCUGCAACCCUAAUCUCAAGGUUGCUAUUAUGCAUGCGUCGCAUGUACAGUGUAUGUACAUGAAGCCAUAAUAUAAUAAUAAUAAUAAUAAUAUUUAUAUAGCGCCUAUACUUUUCAGUGCUAAGCGCUUUACAAUGCUUCAAAAAGGUCUGGAUAAAAAAUACAAAUCCUAGAAUCAUUUACAUAUAUAUAUAUAUAUACAUAGUCUCAAAAAUACAAAAUAAAAAACCUAAGAUAGUUCGUAAACUCGCUUAAAAAGAAAGGUCUUCGAUUUAGGUUUAAAUUUAUUCACAUCAUCGAUCGAUCUAAUGAUCGAUCGAUCUAAUGAAAGCCAGCAUUCAUUUGGACUUCCAACAAGAAUAAACAGAAUGCAAUUUGAUCAUGUGCAUUUCAAAAUUAUUCUACCAGCCUCAUUAUCUGAUCACACAUGUUUUGACCAUCUGACACUCUCUUAAAACCUGCGCAAAGUACAGCAUUGGAGCUAUUUAAGUGUUUUGACCUUUGAUCGUUGUCUCCCGCACUUGGUUAUUACUAGUUUAAAACCAUAUUUUUUCUUUCUAGGGAGAACGCCGUAGCAAAGAAAGAAGCAAACUCGUGUAAGUAAAUGUAUAAUGUAUUUAUGAGUUUAGUUUUUAUCACACUAGCUGUUUAAAUACCAGUUGGAAUAGUGACUGUCCACAUGCUGGUUGAAGGCAAUUAUGCUGGUUGAAGGCAAUUAUGCAAUUAUGUCCAGGGAGGAGUGGUCUCUGGAGCCAACCGGACUGGGAAACAUUUUUGGGUUGUGGUAUGGGGUUUAAAACAAGAAAAGUUGUUCCCUAGGACAAGGUUUUCUCAAAUCAUAGUAAAUUGAUGGAUAUGGAUCAGAAGGCACAGUCUGUACCCAACGUGGAAAAUUACUAUUUUUUUCUUUAUAUAUGGACUUCAUACAUAGCAUCCACACCAGACUGGGUGACAGAGUUUGCCGAAAAACAAGCAAGGCAAGAACAAGAGGAUAAAAUAAAGGUACCGGUAUUUGGGAAGUAUUGUUGGACCAAUAAAUUUGUAACUUAUUGCUUUGUUUGUUUGAUUGCCAGUUCAUGUAUUUACCUCACGUUAAUGUUUAGUAAUCCCAUUGAUUCUGAAAUUAAUCAUGUUAAAUUGUGAUUUUUUAUCAGAAAUUAUCAGUCAUAUUAAAUUUUUACCAUAUUCAUAGAAGCAUUUUAGGUAGGUUAUAAAUGAAGGCUGCACAAUUAAAUCAACAGGAAGAACAAGAGAGGAUUAAAAAGCAAAGAGCUGAAUUGCAAAAAAUUAAGAAUGAAGUCAGGCCUGCAUUUGCCAUCAAAGGGAAGAGAAAGGUAGUGUUAUAUAAGAAAUGAUAACUAGUUGUUUAGAUGCUAUCGUUGAACUUUAUCCUUGCUUCAAUCUGUUUGUCUCAAAAAUUCAUAAUCAUGGCAGCGUUUUGUAAGCACAACCUUUUUUGAGGUUAAUUAUUUAUAAGAGAGUUGUAAGCAGCCUUCAGGGUUGUUUUAAAGCAGCCGUAGCAAAUGAAGAUUCACCUGUAACAUCUCACAAAAAUUUAUAGUGCCACCUUAAGCUUUCCACUUUGAUCACCUGUAACAUCAAGUUAAGUGAGCUCCGCUCUAACCCCUUAUUAAGGAGAGCUUUGGAGUAAUAGCAUAAAGAAUGAGUUUUUUUUUUCAAAGUGGGCAAAGUACUAAAUCCAUGCUUAUUCAUUGUAACAGUAAUUUAAAUAAUCAUAUUUAUGUUGUUAAGUCUUGGUACACAUUACAUUUUCUCAGCACAGCGAUGAAACAUCAACUGAUACAAAAAAUGAUCAAGCGAUGGAACAUAAAAUCGCUGAUGAAAUUGAUGAGGUCCUAGGUAGGGCCAAUCAGAAGGAUCCUGAUGCUGAUAUUAUAUUAACAGAGUACAACAGUGAUGGGGAAGAGGAUGUGGAUACUGUAGGGUGAGUUGUUUUGCCUUGAGACAAAAUACCAAGUGACAUACGUGUUAAGGGCAGUGAAAAAAUAAGAGCUAAAACUAGAGAUAAUCAUUGAUUAUGGAUCUGCGUUCAUCACUUACAGAAACAAAAUCGAGUAGAAAGGAGUCAAGUUUCCUGGCCAAGCAAGAACUGCUAAUCAGCAGUCACCUCCUAUACCUCAAAAAUUUGUGCUUUUGUACCACAGGAACACCAAGAUUAGAAUCUGUUCUGACAAACAUUAGUAAUUGUGACUUAAACACACUGGCACUGCCAACAGUUUGGGACACCACAACUUGUUUCCAACCAAAAUGACGUCUGAGAAAAAACAACGCAGAAAUUGCAUACUGAUGAAGUGUCACAACCCAGAUCUGGGUUGUGCUUCUGAUCAUUGGAAAAUUUUCUUUAACCAAUAAGAAUCACUAUCAAGAUCUGGUCAGUGACGAGUCAUAAGUAUUUAAUGUUUUUGCUUGUUGUUCAUAUGUCAUUUUGCAGGGAUACCAGUCGUGGUAUCGUCCAAAACUGGCAGCAUUCUCCAGUUACUAAACUACAGCUCAAAUUACUGCUCUCAUUGAAAUUAAAAUUUAGUUUUUAUCAGUAACAGUGCUUGAUACUAACGAAGGCCAUAAAAAAGCUUCCAAAAGUGGCAGAACUGAGAUGAUGGAUAAAAAAUUUAUUCUUACAUAUGUAAGAUAUAUAUUCUUAGAUAUGUAAUUAAUGUCAUGAAAAAGCAUAUACAAAUGUACAACAUACAAAUUUGUUGACUGAAAGGUCGCAAAAUUGCUGAUUAGCUCACCGUACUUUUGUAUGAAAAAACAGUUAACUGAAUUACAAAUUCCUAGAAGUAUUUUUAAUUUGAAGACAUUAGAGAUGACCAUGCAUGUAUAAACACUGCAUUCAAAGCAAGUUCAAUGAUAAUUAUCUUUUGACAAUAACCAAGAAACAAAACCUGACAGCAUUAGUUUGUGGCUCAUUAUAAUGAAUUGAAAUCCCUGACCAAAUGGAAUGACUGAGCAUGCCUAAUGAUAACUGGGAUUUUUAUCUUCAGUUCAGAUCACGAGGACAAUGAGAAAGAAGAAGAACCCCACUGCUUAAAGGUACAUUGUGUAAGCUAUCAUCUAUUGUUACAAACAAUGAAUUAUUAUAGCAAUUAACCCUUUAAGCCCCAAUAUCCACAUACAAAUUCUCCAAACUGAUCUCUAUACAUUUCCUGAAUUAGUUGAGAGAAUUUGAUAAAAGAUCAUGGAAUUUUCUCUAUGAUGAUCAUUUUAUUAAUUCUCAUAACUUUAUCUCUUGACAGUGUAUGGAUGUUGUUAGGAGAAAAUUGUUGUUGGUCACUAUUGGGACUUAAAGGGUUUAAUAAUUGAAACUGAGAAUGGCUGUUCAAUGACUGACUUUAUUUUUAACAAUAAUAUCAAAAUUUAUAAAUAACAUUAUUAAACAACAUAAAUCAGUUCAGUUUCAACUAAAAGGCAAUAACUAAUGGCUAUCGUCAUGUCCAACACAAUGUUAACAGUGAUAAAAACUCAAUAAACACAGUUGAAUACAUUUGUUAACAAAGUAAUAAUUUUAAAAUAAAUCAAUCCAUUCAUUGUGUGGGGACGAAAAAUUAAUUUUUAAGUGGCACAAUACAUGAGUUAUGAGUUAUACAAGUAAUGUUUUUAUUGCUCACUGUAUUACUCUGAUCCCAGGGUCAGUUAUUAUGGAGAGGUAUAUUAUUGAAUGUACUGUGUUGAACUCUUGAGUCUGUGGAAGAAACCAUGUGAUGUAAGUGCUAUUCCUUUCCUUUUAUAUCUUUUUGGUGACUGACCUAUCAAGAGCAGGAAAAAUCCUAACAUUAAAAGAAAUUUUUAUUCUCUAAGAAUAAUAACGUUUGUAGAUUUUAAUAAGUCAGUGUAAAAAUGAUUUAUCAAUUGGAGACAUCUGUCGUAAUUUACUCCUCACUAGUUCUUCUGUUACUUUUUUAGAUUUUCUAUUGUAGUCGAACUCACUCACAGUUGGCACAGUUUGUAAGAGAAGUCCAAAAGAGUCCAUUUAAGGACAGCACAAGAGUGGUAUCCCUGGGGUCAAGGCAGAACCUCUGCAUUAAUGACGAUGUCAAACGCCUGAAAAAUAUUAACAAAAUCAAUGACAGAUGUUUAGAACUCCAGAAAAAGGGCAAAGGUAGGACCCAAUUAUAUCCAGGGAAAGACAACAGGCUCAAAAGACUUGUUCUGCGGUCAUAAAGAAAGCCAUAGAUACAUGUAAACAUGGUACUCUUAUUUUUACAUACAAUCAGUUACUAUCAAACCUGUGUAUAACAGCAACCAAGCGAUUAGUGAGAACCAGAGAUAAAAUUUGGGGAUUUAGACCUCCAUUUUAAAAUGAACAUGUUUAACCCAAGUUUAGAACUAACUGAUCAUUAUAUGUUUCUGGGAAAAUGCCCACCUAGCCCUCCCCUAAGUCAGCAUUAACCAGCGUGCAAAGAAAGUGGUGUCCGAUAGUCCGGGGCUAGUGCAUUUUGCUAUAGGGCUAGUGAUUUUUGUUCUUAACUUGCCUGAUGGGCAAGUGCUGCUAGUUGAAAUGACUUGUGGGCUAGUACAUGGUAGCUACAGCUUGCCUUAAUGGCAGGCUGUAAAACUGACUUUCUUUACACCCUGAUUAACUCUUACUUCUCACUUAGGACAAAAUGUUGGCUUAGGGGAGGGGUAUGUGGGCAGAAUAUCAAAACGUCAGUCCAUAAGGCUUUCUAAGUUUAAUGUCUGCCUCAAAACAUGAUAAUUAUUUGAUUUAUGAUAAAUUUUUAGAAUUUCGAAUUUUUCUUUCCAGCAAACAAGAAAAACUCCACAGGUGGGAAUCCUUCAAAAAAGAAGAAAGUUGAUAAGGGAUGUCCAUUUUAUGCAUACCAGCAGCUACAGACAUUUAGGAAUCAUGUUUUGGUAAGAGAGGAUUUGAUAUCAAUGGGUAAAUGCAUGUAAUUACCCCUGAACCUUAGGGGGGAAUUUAAAUUUAUUAAACUUCCCAUAAUCAGUGAGAUUUAAAGCAAAAAAUUUUUUGAUCAUUCAAUAAUUGUCUUUUGGUGUUCAAAGAACUGUAAAAACAAAUUGCAUAUCCUAUAGGUUUUAAUAAUACUAGUUCUAGGAAGAUAUAUUAAGAUUAAUAUUUUACAAUUUUUAGGAAUUUUUUUAUUGUCAUUUCUAGCCUAUGUAGCAGGGAUAAAAGGGGUAGAGGAUAGGGAGGAAGGGAAUUGGGGAGAGAGUGUGAAAAACACCUGCUAUAAGAAACCCCAUUUGUUCAUUUCUGCGGACACCAGCAUCCACAGAAAUUCCUGAUAGGCUGAGCCGUAAUGAGUAAUUUUUUGGUGUGUAUCCUGGCAUGUAUUAGUGUGGUGAGAGACAAACAUCAUAAAAACAUGGCAUCAAGGAAAUGUGUUCUACUGGCAUCCCGGUAGGGUUACUCCAGAUUUCAAGUGACAGGGAUGAUCAAAGGUUUUUUGGGGUGUGAAAUUUUAAAUUUCGGGAUUUUUUUGUGUUGGAAAAUUUUGACAAGUAUUUUUGGGGUAGCUUGAUUUAAGCAGGGAUUUUUUUGGGUAUUGAAAACAAUCUGAAGGUUCGUGAUAGUUUCUACAUAUCCCAGCCAUGUAAUUCUGCAAAUAAAUUUUUGUGGCUCAGAAAUUCGGAAUGGGAUAUUUGGGGGGUUAAAUUUUGGUCUAGGGAUUUUUUGUGGGUUUUGAUUUUUUCCCCUCAUCAUCAUCCCUGUCACUUGAAUCCACAGUACCCUUCCUGGGACUGGCAUAAGCUUUGGAAGAUCAAAAUUACUCCAGUUAAAAUGCAGACCAGAAACAACUUACUGUCAGUAAUAGCUUGUUUAGCAGGGAGAGAUACUCAGGAGGUUUUGUACACUGAUUUGUCCAAACACCAAGCGGUGAUUCAAAGCGAUUGCGAUUCUUGCUAGAUAUUUGCAAUGCUGAUAUUUGGAUGUGAAAUCUUAUACUAGCUAUGAAUCCACAGCAUAAUACAAUCUAUAUUUACCGGUAACUUGAUAUUGGACAUCUAUGUUAUGGUCAAUUGACAGCUGUCAAAAUAGGGUACACAAUGUAUCUCCUGACCAGUGUCAAAUGACUGUAUUGCAGACUCAGGUGUACAACUCAUUGAGGUGACAUGUUUUUUUAAAGUUCUCUGCUGGCCACAUAUUGUUUUUCUUUGGAUCACAGGCUCAGGUCCCUUUUUUCAGGAAGAUUUCUGUUUGCUUGUUGUUUAUGGCGAAAGUUGAAUUUCUUCAUCAGAAAGACUCUUAAAAAAAUCUCAUGUGAGCUUUGCUUUUGACGGUGUCUAAAUCUAUGUAUUAGAUGUACAUGAAUAAAGAAUCUUUUUCUAUCACUUGAUUAUAUCCUUUGCAGGUUGACAUAAAAGACAUUGAACAGCUUGUUUCCAUUGGAGAAGAGCUUCGUGCAUGUCCGUAUUAUGGAACAAGAUUAGCUAUUCCACCAGCCCAGGUCACUACCUUCCUAAUUAACACGUUAACAAAAUUAUACAAAACUAUUAAACCAAAAAUUAAAAGGGCAGCUGUCAUAGUAUAACUAUCUUGUGGAAACUACUGGGUGGUUCUGAAUUUUCCUCUGUUAAAACCUGUGACUGAAAGGUAAUAAUAUUGAUAGGUUAUUUGCCUCAGUCAUCUCUUUUGAAAACAGUAGAACCUUAACUAAUGUAAUGGCCUCCUGAUCUCCACAACAGGCACUUUUUUGUCCCGGCGAACAAAUAAUCCAUACAUUGACUCUUGUUUAAUCCUGAUUCCUCUCUACAAUGGCCGCCUCUUUAUAACCCCCCUUUCUUUCUUCUGUCCCCAAGGUGGCUGCUGUGGAAAGGUUCAACUGUAUUUUUUGCAUGUUGAGAAAAUUUAAAUAACGAUUCACUUCAGGAUGCUCCUUGGAACAUUGACAUUUCCAAAAUAAUGCAUGUAAAUGUAUUAAUUGCUGUAAAUUUUGCCUUAAUUUUCAGCUGGUUGUUUUACCAUACAACAUUCUUCUUCAUAAAUCUACAAGAGAGGCCUGUGGAAUAAAGCUUGAUGGCAAUGUUGUCAUUAUAGAUGAAGCUCACAACUUGAUUGACACCAUCAGUAGUGUUUAUAGUGUAGAAAUCACUGGUUCACAGGUAUGUAAUCUGUCAAAUCAAUAAAUUAUCAACUUGUAUACAGUCAACUCCCUCUAUUAAGAUGGACACCUCUGGGACCGACAGUAAGUGUCCGUCUUAGAGAGAUGUCUGUCUUUUAGAGAGUCAAAUAAAGGGAGUAAACAAAGGCAGGGACCAACUCUAGGUGUUCGUUUUAGGGAGGUGUCUGUCUUAUAGAGGUGUCCAUUAAGAGAGAGUCGACUGUAUAACAGUUCUUGGUGUGUGGUCGUAUUCUAGACUAACCUUGUUGUCUUGUCUAUAGUUGUGACAGGUGUUGUGCUCUUUUAUAGUAAUGUUUGUGUGUAUGCUAAUGUAUCCAAUUGAGGUUCAGUUAACUGACUGCAGUUUCUAUGUUGCAGAUUUCAUGUGCACAUUCUCAGCUGACACAAUAUCAGAAUCGUUACCAGUAAGGGUCAAGGAAAAAUAUUAAUCUGUUGCGGUGGAUCAAUUUUUAUUUGGAUUAUAUAUUAUGAAUAAAUAAAUUAUAAAUUAUAAAUAAAGUGCUGACAAUUUUGAUAAUAAUUUUUUUCAACAAGGUCAAGGCUAAUGGCAAAGAACUUACUCUACAUUCAACAGCUUCUUCAUAUUCUAACAUGCUUUUUAAACUGUUUGGGUGGUAAGUUGAGUUUUGUUUACGGCUAUUUGUUUUGUCUUUUUAUCAGUGUAAAGAGGUAUUGAUCCUAAUUACUUUUGUCAUUUCAGUGAGUAUUCAGUGAAUAUUAAUUUUAUAUUGUUAUAGUUUGGGAUCAUUGCUUACAGUAAAUGCAGUCCUUACUAAAAUUUUUCAUAAGUUAUUCUAGUGGAUAUUUGCAACAACAUAAUCACUAACAUAUACGAAAACUAUACAUACAGUGAAAAUAGUUAUUUAAAAAACUAAAAGUAAAUGUGACAUUUUUUUAAAAAUAACUAUUAACUACAGGUAAUUUUUUGUAACAGGGAAGGAUCAAAAAACCAUUUCAUCGACAUCGAUUACAGCAAAUGAAAACAAUCUGCUGACUGCGAAAGAAACAAGAGCGCAAGGUUUGUUUGUUUGUUUGUUUGUUCAGUCCUGACAGUAGGCACCAACCUACAAUUAUUACUGGUUGUAAUAUUUAGUCUAUUAUCAAGUCAGUUUACAUGAAGGUUAAGGAUCUGAUGAAGAUUGAAGUCAGUCAAAUCUGCUCUUAAUUUAACUUUUACUUUCUAAAUGCAUUGAACUUGUUUUUCUCUUUGUAGAAGUCAAGCUUAAAACAAUAAAUGACUUCUUGUUCUCUGCCCAGAUGGACAAUGUUAACCUUUUUAAGGUAUAAAUAAUGAAAACCAUGUUGGUAUCAAGAUAUGAAUGUGUGAGCUUUGCAUGGGAUUUCCUCCCUAAUGUCACUUAAUUCUUUUUUAGAUCAAAAAAUACUGUGAGAAGAGCAUGAUUUCUAAAAAGGUAACUACAUGUACCAACAAAUUUAAAAUCUCCAUUAAGGAAAUGCUCCUCCUAGCAGGUGUAAUGAACAAACAGUGUCACAAAAUGAUCUAGUUGCACAGUAUGUAGACAGUCUAGAGCCUCUGUAUGGACAUUUCCCACAAAAUCCAAGUCACGACAAUCACCAUUGCUUAAGUGAUGAUCAUAGAGAAUGAAUUGAUGAUUGCAUUGCUAUUGUUAGCCAUGCAAAAAAGUUUUCCUUUUAUAGAGGUUUUUGUUUAACUUGUUUAUUUUCUCAUUCCCAUCUUCGGCUAUUGUGGUUGCACUGAGCUUGCCAGUAGUGUUACCAAGCAAAACAAUUCUUGAUAUGCAACAAUUUUGCCGGAAAAACCAACGAUUUGAUGGAAGAUGCACAACGAAAUCAAUGGCUGACACACCCAUACAGAAGCUCAAGUAGUGCACCGAAAACUUGAAACAACCUGGCACAAGCAAAACUUGAAAGGAACAUAUCAUCAUGCAGCCCAUUGUAUGGGAUAAGCCCAGACUUGAGUUUGUCCGCAUUAGUUCUUUGAACAGUCACUGCCGUGAGCUUAAGAAUGCACUACAGAAUUAUCCAGAUAAGCAUGAUAACUAUCCUAUAAUUAUGUAAACUAUUUAAUUAUUAAACAAUGGUAUGGGAUUUAUGGCUGGGUUUUCAUUAAGAAUUCUAGUAGCAGGAGAAAGGUGUAAUGUUAAAGGAGAAUAUUCUGAAAGAGCUCCAUGUCUGAAUAAAAAAUAGUCAUAGGCUACCGAACGCGAGCCGAAGGAAUCUGCGUAGUAAACAGAGAAUUAUUCUAUCUCCAAUGCCUAAUGAACGCCCUGUUGUGGUCUACAUUGCUGUGAAAUGAAGGUGGCACCUUCAGAGGGAUGCAUUGUCACAAACGUCUAGUCAAUGCCCCAUUAUUAUAAUUGUCUGCAAUAUAAAAUUAUUGACACUGAUUUCUCUCAAAUUAUAUGUUAAACACAGGGGGUGUUGUUCCUUCUUUAAACUUUGUGCUUCUUUUUUUGCAGCUCAAUGGAUUUAUAGACAAAUACAGUUCUUCACAAGUAGAUGCAGGUUAGCAUUGACAAUAUUAAUACAUUUAAUUAUUUCUUAUACUGAAUACCAUUAUUUAAAAUGUAUUUUGAAUUUUUUAUCUUGUUUAGCAGAGGGAGAAACAUAUCAAACUAACUCACCGCUUCAGAUCAUUGAAAGUUUUUUGGAGGCACUCACAAAUGCAGACAAAGAUGGAAGGAUUGUUGUCAACAAACAAGGUGUGAAAAAGCAAUAAAAAAUGAAAAUGAUUUUUUUGAGUUUAUUUUAGCUAGCUGUGAGUUCUGACAAAUAUGCUGUCAGCUACUAGUCCUGAUCAAUGUAUGACAUAAAAAUAAUUAUAUGCACUAGAAGAAAUUUCAGUCACUAGCAAGGUAUGUUUUUACAUUUUGUCUUUCCUUCUGGAUGGAUUGAAUACAUUGUUUACCUGUAUCAUAAAUCAUUAUACAUGUACAUACACCUUUCCACAGGUCGACUCAGUUGCUCCAGUUUAAAGUUCCUUCUGUUAAACCCAGCUGUGCAUUUUACAAGCAUUGUGAGGGAAGCCAGGGCUGUUGUUGUUGCUGGAGGAACAAUGCAACCUGUAAAUAUAAGAUUGAUUACCUUGAAUUUUAUAAUGAGAUCUGUACAGAUCAAUAAUUGAUAUUAAAAUAUUACAGUCAACUCUCUUAAUGAACACCUCUUUUGGACACCUCUUUACGAUGGACACCUGGUGUUGGUCCCUGCCGUUUUUUAGUCAUUUUACUGUAACUAUACUCUCUAUAUAGCUAUAAGAUGAACACCUCUAUAAAACCGACAACAGACGCUUUUGAAACUCUCAGCGGACACUCCUUUUUGCGACUAGGGAAUCUAAGUUGUUUUGUUUUUUUACUUCAGAAAAAUUAUAUUCUGGUAACCCAGGAUUUCACAGGUUCGGACCAUUACUUGGGCCAAUACAAUUUUCCUUAGAAUACAGCCUUCACUUAAUUGUAAUGUAUAUCAGGGUAGGAUCAGGCACACUGUCUCUAUCAACGAGUUUGUGAUCUCUCUAUAUAUCCACCAAAGUAUAGUGAUGUAGAGUUGAAGAUUUAAGACUAUUUGAAAACAUCUUAAUGCCCAAACCUCAUUAAAUCCAUAUACAGUUACAGACACUGAGGGGGCCGUAAAAAAUGUACGUAUUAAUAGGGUGUCUGUAUUAAACAGGUUAAAUUUGGAGAAAAUGGAAGGGCUUUCUCUCCCUAUAGUUAUGUCCCUAGGAGUUCACCUAGGGGCUUUAUUGUUUGGUUGUGUUGUUUCUUUUGGUGUAUGUAAUCUGUGCCUCAAUACCUACAGAAGGAACCGCAAAACAGAGUUUGACUGUAUUACAGAAGUUGAAAAUCAAAACUUGAGUCAAGUCGACCCGUGACACCGCACUUAAUGUGUUCUUCUCAUAUCUUCAAGAUGUCAGAUUUCAAAGAUCAGCUAUUCACAUGUGCAGGACUCCCAAGUGACAACAUUGUGGAGUUUUCUUGUGGUAAGAAAUUGUUUUGAAAACUUAUCCUAAUAUUUUCUCGUUAAACAAGAAACAUUAGCACCGGUUACUUCGCACCCUCUUAUGUUCAAACUACUGUAAUUUUCCAUUAUUUAUUUUAACGUUUUCAGGUCAUGUUAUUCCCGCAGAGAAUUUACUCUCAGUAGCAUUGGAUAAAGGACCUGCAGGAAAAGAGUUUGAUUUUACCUUCCAGUCCAGAGAUUCUCCUGACUUGGUUAGAUCAAUCCUUCUUAUGUUAUCUUGUGUUCAUUUUUCCUCAAGACUUCAUUAGUUCAUUCAGGGUUGAAAUGGCUUCAGCUGCAAGAAUUUGUCAAUUUUCAGCGAGGUAGAACAGAAAAGCCUUCCAGAUUUUAACAGCGACAUAUUCAUUAAAUAAAAAUUUUGAAGUGUCCUCUCUCCCAGUAUUUUGGCGACAAUUUAUUGUCGAACACAUGGAGACAAUUUUCCACUGUUGGUCGCCAUUUUGUUUUCAAGUAAACCGGAAGUUCCUCGAUCAACUUUACUUCCGGUCACAUCAAAGCGAGGUAAAAAGACAAAACAGUAGGUUAAUUUUUUCCCUGGUUAAUCAGCCGGGCGUAGUGGCGCACGCCUGUAAUCCAGCUACUUGGAGGCUGGGGUCUCUGAACGGCUUGAGGGUGGGAUUCCUGGGGGCGGUUGUCCUAUGUAGAUCGGGUGUCCGCGCUAAGUUUGGCGUCAAUAUGGGGAACAUGGAGGAAUCUGAGUGCUCCAGGUUGGUUAAAGAGGAGCGAACCGGCCCAGGGUGGAAACACAGCAGGCAAAAGCUCCCGCGUCAAACAGUAGUGGGAUAGCACCUGUGAAUAGGCGAUCGUUCACAGCCCGUUCAAGAUAGUCGAACUCGACUCUGUUUUUUUUUUCUUCUUUUUCUUCUUUAAUUUUAUCUUUUUUUGUAGUAUUUUCUCUACCAAUUUUAUCCUUUUUUGAAAGCCAAAAGAAAAAAAUUAUUAUUUUGUGCCUCUCAUUUUUAUUUUCUCCUCAAAAGCCGGAAUAGUUUUACACUUUUAGACAGAAUUUAAUUUAUCCAUUUUCCGAUAUCUCCUCUCAAGUUAGAAACGGAGCCGAUUUUUUUGAGUUCUUCGUUUUUUACGAGGUUAACAUCCGUUACCUGUUUUCAUUUCGAAUAUCGUGUCCGUUUUUUGUUGAUUUUCGUGCAUUUAUUUUUUAUUUUAUUUAUUAUUUUCUUUCUUUUUCAGAAAGAUGAGUUAGGCCGACUUCUUAUCAACAUUUUUGCCCUUGUUCCUGGUGGAGUAGUAUGCUUCUUCUCGUCAUACGAUUAUGAAGAACAAGUUUACACACAUUGGCAAAGCACCGGCAUCCUAGACAAAAUGAAUGCAAGAAAAAAGGUUCAGUUAUGAACAAAUCAUUGUUUUCUCUUUCCCUUCGUAAGCCUGACUCAUCAUUGUACUCAGACCUCUUCCCGCCCAACUCCGAAUUUGCAAGGAAUAGUACGGGGAACGACAUUAGUGCCGAGUAUUUUAUUGGGUGGUUUUCUGUUGAUUGUCAGAGCGAUUUCUUUCGCCAUUCACAGCCGAGUUGACAACAAAUUAAGUGAAACAGUCAGAUUUGCAAACAAAUAUUUCCACCCAUUGCGCAUGCCCAGUGCGAGAAAUGCUUCUGGCAAGCAGAAGAGGUAGCGUAAAACUAAAUAUUUCCAGCAGAAGAAUCUAAGAAAAACUAUAACCUUACGAAAGGAAAUUGUAGACGUAGGGUUACCAUAGAAGCUCUUAUAAGAUGUUUUAACAGACAUUUAAAGGAUGUCACUAUUUUUUCGUUAUAGGUAUUUCGCGAACCAAGGAAAGCUAGCCAGCUUGAUCAAGUCCUUUCAUCAUAUGCUGCUUCCAUUAAGGUGCGCUGUAGAUUUUUUCUUUUGUUAUGUGUAUAUCUUAACUUUCAGCGUAUCGUUCUAGCUAUUAAUCAUUUCCUAGUCUUUUUAUACCGGCAGAAUUUUGCUGUGAGCAGUUCGUCUUCAAAUGGUGCAGUUUUAUUCUGUGUGGUAGGGGGAAAGAUGAGUGAAGGAAUUAACUUUUCUGAUGAUCUUGGAAGGUAAAAACACAACGCUUGACAACUCGUAAGACCUUAUUUUAAGCGCCGAACUCUUCAUGAGCCAUACAUCUUCAGUCAUUUUCUAUCUUGGCUCUCAAUAACGCGGAUGUCUCCCCAAGACGGACACUUAGUGCAUGCCGGUCCUGGCAACGUGUCCUUCUUGGACAGAGUUGACUGUGGUCGUAGAGACACUAUUGAUUCCUUGUAGUUAAGAUGCCCUAACUUAAAAGUGGAUUGACCGAUCAGGGGUAUUUAUUGAAGUGGACAUAGAGCGCAGCAAUUUGGGGUGAUACAGUGGUCUGGUAUAAAGAAAAUGGAAGUUUUUUUUUUUUUUUUUUUUUAAUAACAUUUAUUGGUUACAACACUUCUAAUGACAAUACUUACAUUUACAUGGAGGAAAAAUAAAAACAACGUACAAGAGAUAAAGGAAAAAUACAAUGUUACAGCAUUUACAACUAAUUAAGCCUAAAAAAAUUUACAAAACUGACUACUAUGAAAAUGGAAGUUACGUUUGUGGUAGUGCGCUCGUCGAUUGCCUGCGUCACGCAGUCUUUUCCGUUUCCUCUAACUUAGCCAAGCGGCCCGGAAGCGUGGAAGAUGGAAGACGCGCGAGGGUAGGAGCCAAAAAAGGGACCUUACGUAUCUUCCGGGUUUUUUUUUUCCUCGCUUCCAAAAAGAAACGCGAAAGACUGCUACGCAGGCCAGCUCGUUGAACGUUGGAUCCCUUAACUAAAAAAACAAAAAGGCAUUUUCUACAGUGUUCGUGAGACACUUACUCGAUAAAAAUAGCUUUCGUUUUGCAUUGUAACGCUCUGCUGCUUCCGUUUUCAAUUUUAUUCCAGGUGUAUUGUGAUGGUUGGUCUUCCUUAUCCUAAUAUUUACUCGCCAGAACUAAAGGAGAAAAUGAUCUACCUAGAUGCUACUUUAGGGGUAAGAAUUUAUACUUGUAGGUUUAAACUUUCCGGGGUGCCGUGGGCAGGGAGGAUGGCGGAGGGGAUUCUUUGCAAGGAAAAUGACGUUCCUUGCAAAAAAACGCCUCCGCCAUCCUCCAUUAAGGUCAAAUGUCCCAGGUAUAUUUUCAACCAUAUUUUUUGUGGUUUGUUAGUGUUCAUUUUAGAUUGAAACUUUGGGCAAAUAUACACAACAUUAUAUAGAAUAGUUCGUCAUAUCUCAAAUAACCAUAACCCUUUUCUUUUGCGUUCUUUUAACUCAGAGCAAAAUUUCUUUUCGCCAGUGGCCCCCACAUUUCCAAAUUUUCCCGUUUUUAUUUCAAGUUUUGCAUUGAGAUUUUUUGAAGUAUUCGAACUAACCUUUGUGCCCGUAGGAUUGUGUAAUCUAUUCUAUAUCAUUCGAUAUCCAAUCACUAAUCUCGUCCCAGUCCAAUCACUUACAGUUUUUGUUUCAAUUUUUUCUUCCUAGCGACCUCGUACAAGUCCGUUAAGGAAAAAAAUAAAGAAAGGUUUAAAACUGAAAAGAACAUUUUCUCUAUUGGAGACAUCAUUGUUCACAAACAUUGUUUUUGUUAUUCAAAUUUAUAAACGAGUGAAACAAAUGAAUAUUUUGUUGCAAGAAUAUUGCGCUUCUGGUUGACAGUUAGGGGCCAGUUACAAUGAAUCGAAAUCAAAAUUCAAGUAAGUUGAACAAGAGAAGUUGUUUCUGGUUGAAAGGCGACAAAAACAAAAACAAAAAGCAGUUUAUUUAAUACCUUAUUUUCUUCGUUUGUCUCUUAUCGUUAUCAUCUUUCUUUCAGCCAAAAGCUGGUCAAACACAUUACGAAAAUCUUUGCAUGAAAGCUGUAAAUCAGUCAAUAGGUAAGCACCGUUGGUUUUGUUUUCCACCCAAUAUCCUGUGGUUGACAUUUAAAGGCUAAUUUCGUAGAGUACACAAGGAAUCUAAAAAGUGACUUCAGUCUUGAACGCAGGACAUGCACUUCUAAGAAGUCGGCUUCGUACGGUCAUUCAGAACCCUGUGUAAUAUUCAAGAACAAUAUGUUCCAACCGCUCAAACUAAUCAAUUUUAAGCCAAUUAGUUCAGGUUUUUUCAUUUUCUUCCGCUUUAUGUCGGGUGUUGGUUGUGUCAGUUGCUUUUUUGCCCGCGCUUUUCUCUGUUGCCUUCCUGCCAAACUCUAGCUGCACAAGCCACAAAUCAGUUGCCUAUUUGCUCGCAUUUCAGAGGGAAUGCUUGUUUGCCCGCAGUUGACCAGUUUCGUUGCGCCUUUUUGCUUAUUUGAACGCAAUUCAUAAAUGUCCUUUGAUUAAUUUGAACAUCGCAACAUUUAUCGUGUGCUCCACGAUCUGAAGUCUCAAAAAAGUUGUCGUAACGGCUCAGUCAAUUCCACACGUGCCUAUCCCCGACGCCCAUUUGUCAUUUUUUUUCAGUUUUCUGAAACCUAAAAAUGCCCCACUGUACUGAUAUUGCUUUUCGCUUUUCAGGUCGUGCUAUCCGUCACAGGGGAGAUUAUGCAACAAUUUUGUUGUUAGAUAAGCGCUACGGAUCCGCGAAAAUAAAGAAAAGCUUACCAGGGUGGAUCUCAGAUAGACUUCAACAUCACGCUAGAUUCGGAUCUGCAUUUGCCGCUAUUCGCAAGGUAAACUUGCUGUAAUUAUCUGGGGUAUGGAAUUAAAAAAACCUCUCCAAGGUGCUUUUGUUCGCCUCUGUGUUCUGUGUGGUGUAUUCGCAAAAAGCAUACAGUUGAGUACUGUCAGCUGUAUGCUACAGCUUUUGAAUCAGUGUAGAGUGGAAAGCUUUGUGCUUACGCGGUAACGCUAUGUUGUGGACUUAACUGAUGUUUGAAAAAGAGACGAGGGGACCCGUUUCUCGAACGUCCCGGUAACUCUUCGGGCCCGAAAAGCUGUUUAUGUUUGCCGCGUUUGUAUUCAAGAUCAAAGUUUCAAUAAUUGUGAAAAUGAUACAAUGAAACUAUCAGUUAACGAAGCAAAAUUGACUUGUUUGUGCGCCAGGAACUGUGCUACUAUUCAACAGGUUUUGAUUUUAAAAUUUGCCUUCGGGCCCGCCGGAAAAGCCAGCGGGCCUUUCGAGAAACGGGCCCAAGCAAGACUUUUGCUAACACUCCUGCUGAAUGUUAUUUGAACUUUUGUAGAUCAGACGUAUUAGGUAUACCUGCAGCAUUUUCGUUUUUCACUUUUGCUCAUAUAAUUACUACUGAUGUUUCUUUGUUUUUGUUUCAGUUUUUCGUGGAUAAGAGAAUGUCGAGGGCAUUCCCAGAAAACACAGUCUUGCAUUCCUAAACGUUGGUGUUUUUAUAAAUAAGGUUAUGCUACUAUGAGGAAUUGUAACUAUUGAUGUUCUGUGAUAUGAUGAGACAGAGUACAAAAUUUUUUGAAAAGUUUAGAUCUAUUUAUAUAUAUACAGAAUUUUUGAAAAAUAUAUUUUCAAUAUGUUACAG